GUGAGGCGUACGAUAUGCGCAAUCUCUGGGUACGGUGGGCCCGUAUUGACUGACUACCCAGUCUUGCAUUCUGUUUGUUCCUUUGACGAGAAGGCUUUCAAGUUUCAAGGAAGAAGGAGGUGCUGAAAACGAGGGAGGAGAAGCUUGCAAUCGCGUCGCCUUCUUGCUUGCUGCUGCUUCUCGCUCCUCUCACUCACAAUGGCCACCGCCGCUCUCGCUUCCACCUCUGUCAGCGCCACAUUCGUGGCCAGGACUUCUCUAUCACAGAAGGCGUCUUGCCAAACAGUUAAUGGACUGCCAUCCCUUCACAGGACCUUCCACGUGCCCGCCAGAGCAGCGCACAAGUCUGGUGUUGUCUGCUCUGCCAAUGAGAAGUUUGCCCCGGUAGCAGCUGCGUCGGCGGCCAUCUCCUUUGCCACUGCUCACCCAGCCCUCGCCCUGGUCGACGAGAGGCUGAGCACAGAGGGCACUGGUCUGGCACUUGGGUUGAGCAACGGAGCUUUGGGCUGGCUUCUGUUCGGUACCUUCGGAGUUGUCUGGGCCCUGUACUACACCUUCAGCAAAGGCCUUCCGGAGGGCGAUGACGACUCUGGUCUUUCCUUGUAGGGUUAGGCCGAGUGUACAAAUUGUGUAAUUUGAACCUAGGAGGAGACUGUCACGGUUUGGAGUCGCAUUGAAAGACCUUAAGUUUGUCAUAUAACGCGCACACCAAUACCCCUUCCCGCGAGCGCAAGUGUUUGGUGAGGACUGUGAAGAACGCUUAUGCAGAGCAGCAGGGAUGCCCAGGCAGCAUGGAUGCUUGGGGACCCAGUUCAGCCACCACGUAAUGUGAGUUUCUAAUAAAUGUUGCCCCCGGUGAAUCUUAUCGUCAUUGGUUUACCAGAUGCAAGAAAAUGCGGCAAGAAGUGCAGAGAAUCACUCGCUUUUGGCACAGCUUGCUUCUUGGGCGGUGAACGCUUGUUUCCUG